AUGUUGUAACUCCAUGCAGGCCUGCUACCAUUUUGUUCAUGAUUUGCUGGAAAAUUCCAGGUGCUGUUUUGAUCCCAAACGGCAGACGAUUGUACGGGGUGAUAACACCCAUUUCUUGAAGUCUGUUGAAUUCGUUUUCGACGGAUUCUAGGGCAGCGUAGGCAACGGGCCGACUACAACGGAAUACGGGGCGAGUACUGGGUAGGAAUAUAAGGUCUGCUUUCUCUUUCGUACAGAGUCCAAGACCUUUUCUGAAUACGUCAGGAUACUUAUCCUUUAGCUCUUUUCCAUGUAGGAGCUUCGUUUUGUUUCAAUCUUAAGCUUAACUGUUUUCUUGUGAUACGCAACGUCGCAGAAUUUCUCUCUGUGGCCACUUGUCUUACACUUUUUGCAGAACCACAACUUCUUUUUACAUUCACUCAGCGUAGUGCUUCCCUUGAGUACCACCUGGAGAAUCCCAUCUCCAAGUCGGCAUCGAACACAAACUCAAUGCAGCCACUACGUUCGGCGUUGAAACUUCUUCAGUCCUGGCUCGGUCACUAG